AUGGAGUGUUGUUGUGCCUUCGUGCUCACACUUUCAGGUGACAUGCGCCCACCACAGCUGCCGUUCGAGGACGACGAGCGUGCACAGCGUUGGUUCCAUCGGAAGUUGAAGAGCAAAGAUGGAAGCAAGAUUCGGGCAAAGCUUUGCAACAAGCUUGCGCUGCAGCUGCAGGACAUGGGUCACGAGCUGAUAGGGCAUGACCAUGCAGCAGCCAUCGAGCGCGUUUCUGAAGCUCUGACGCAAGGCACCGCUGAGGAGGGGCCUCUCGUUUGCAGCAUGCUGGCGAAGGAGCUGGAGGGAACGCGAUUUGAUCAUCACUGGAUCUCCCAGGAUGGAAAGGGUCGCUAUCGUCUCGGCGAGGAUGGCAUGAAAGUUGCCGUGCAGAUCUUGGAUGGCAAGCUGCUGAUCCAUGGCUACUUCGAAGGUUCCUUGGUCCACCCCGUGCGUAUUCCCAUCCUUGCGUUCCUGACAGAACAUGGUCGAACUUCGCAGAAGCAGCCUGAAGACGACUGUGACCUCUUCGGCCAAGCCGCAGCUGCGGCAGCUGCCAAGGAGGAGCAGGUGCAGCUGACACGGGAACGCUCGCGUAGCCCUCGACCGAGCAAGGAAGCCGCGGAGGAGGGCGCGUCAUUGCCGCCCGGGUGGGUCAAGAAGGAAUCGCGUUCGAAGCCGGGCGUCUUCUACUAUGCCAACGAGGCGAAGGGGCUAACGCAGUUCGAGCGGCCUGCUUCGUGA